GUGCCUACCAAAAAUACCCCGACGUCAGGCUAAAGAAAGAACCUGGCUCCGGGCGGACAAAUUUAUAGGAUUUCAUGUAUACGUCAAGGUGCCUUCGGAAACAUGUCGGGACAGAGGGUAAACAACUUGUGUUCAUCGCAUAAACUCCCGCUGUUGGUUUUAUCUCUGCUUGUUGUUUAUAUCAGCUCCAUCAACUCAGCUCCUCUCGGCGAGCAGGAGGCAGAGACUUACAACAAAUACUAUAAUUACACCGAACUUACUGACCUUCUUAAAAGUCUCGCCCAGAGAUACGCAAACAUCGCAAAUCUGACCAGCAUCGGCAAAUCAGUGGAGAACAGGGAGCUUUGGGUAAUGAGAAUCACCAAGGACCCCACUCUUGAUGUAACGUUACCAGGAAAACCCAAAUUCAAGUACGUGGGCAACAUGCACGGAGACGAGACCGUGUCCCGGCAGGUCCUGAUCUACUUACUGGAGUAUCUGCUGGAGAAGUACGGAGAAGAUCAGCGGGUCACAGAGCUGCUCAACACCACCGAUAUUUAUAUCAUGCCGAGCAUGAACCCUGAUGGAUUUGAGAAGUCUAUUGAGGGGGAUUGUACGGGAACAGAUGAGGGUCGGUAUAAUGCUAAAAACAUCGACCUCAAUAGAAGUUUCCCAGACCAGUUUGAAGAGGUACACGUGAAAGCAGAAGACAUCCCUGAAGGCGCUGCUGUCAUGAAGUGGAUCCUGGAGAACAAAUUUGUGCUCUCUGGCAAUCUGCAUGGUGGGACAGUGGUGGCAAGUUAUCCUUAUGAUGACUCUGCUGGUCAUGAGACAGAGGGCACCUAUAGCAGAUCGCCCGAUGAUGCUCUCUUCAGUUACUUGGCCCGGGUUUACGCAGAGAAUAACCCUGUUAUGAAAACUGGGGAGCCGAAGUGUGAAGAGAACUUAAGUGAGACCUUCAAGGAUGGCAUCACAAAUGGAGCAAAGUGGUAUGAUGUGGCAGGGGGUAUGCAGGAUUACAAUUACCUGAAGGGGAACUGUUUGGAAAUCACUAUGGAGCUCAGCUGCUGCAAGUACCCACCCUCAUCUCAACUCAGAACAGAAUGGGACAACAAUCGGGAGGCCCUGCUGGCCUACAUGGAGAAGAUUCAUAUUGGAGUGCGUGGCUUUGUGAGAGCAGCCAGGAAUGAAGCCCCUCUCGCAGAUGCUGUGAUAAUGGUUGCAGGCAUCAACCACAAUGUGAGCACUGCACGCUUUGGUGACUACUAUCGCCUGCUGCUGCCCGGCACCUACACCAUCACAGCUGUAGCCCCGGGCUACGUUCCCAUGUCCGUGGCUGGGGUGGAGGUGAAUGAGGGAAAAGCAACUGAGCUGAACAUCACCCUCGUGGCUGAGACUGAUGUGAAUCUGACCACCCCCUCAAUCCCAGAGUCCCCCACUGACACCUCUUCAGACAGCAGCAGCAGCAGCACCAGCAAAGCAGCAGCAGAUGAAAAGCAGGGCUCCAGGGUUACGGUCCAGCCCCAGGACUUCCGCCAUCAUUACUACAACGACAUGGAGCUGUUCCUACAGAAAUUCAGCUCUGAGUACAGCUCCAUCACACGGCUGUAUUACAUCGGCAAAUCUGUGCAGGGGCGUCUCCUGUGGGUCAUGGAGAUCUCCAACAAUCCUGGUGUCCAUGAGUUAGGUGAACCAGAGUUUAAGUAUAUUGGUAACAUGCACGGCAAUGAGGUGGUUGGUCGUGAAUUGCUCCUCAACCUCAUCGAGUACCUGUGUCGCAACUAUGGCACUGACCCUGAGGUCACCCAGCUCGUCGACUCCACGCGUAUCCACAUCAUGCCUUCAAUGAACCCAGAUGGAUACGAAACGUCCCAAGAGGGAGAUAUCGAUGGCAUCCAGGGACGUAACAACUCUAACAACUAUGACCUGAACCGUAACUUUCCUGACCGGUUCAACCUCAUCACAGAUCCCAGACAGCCAGAGACCAUUGCUGUUAUGAACUGGGCAAAGAGCUACCCGUUUGUGUUGUCUGCCAACCUUCAUGGAGGCUCUCUGGUGGUGAACUAUCCAUUUGACGAUAAUCUAGAAGAUGUUGUCGGAUACAGCAAGUCCUCAGAUGAUGCCGUGUUCAGGAUGUUGGCUCUCGCUUACUCUCAGGAAAACGCUCAAAUGCAUGGCGGUCAGCCCUGUAAGGAGCUGCAUCCGUACGAAGAAUACUUUCAAGAUGGCAUCACCAAUGGGGCUGCAUGGUACAAUGUCCACGGAGGGAUGCAGGAUUGGAACUACGUCAACACUAACUGCUUUGAGGUGACCAUUGAACUGGGUUGUUACAAAUACCCACCAGCGACAGACCUGCCAAAGUACUGGGAACAAAACCGCAAAUCACUUCUCCAGUUCAUCCAUCAGGUCCACCGUGGGAUAAAAGGAAUGGUAAUCGACAGCAAAGAUGAAUCUGGCAUCCCCAAUGCGACCAUCACUGUGGACCCGAUCAAUCACUCCAUCACAUCCAACAUCGCAGGAGAUUACUGGCGCUUACUCGUCCCAGGAAAAUACCUUCUGAAUGUCUCUGCCCAAGGCUACUCCUCAGUUAGCACCUAUGUCAACGUGCCUAAGGAAGGAGUGGAGAUUGUUAAUUUCACAUUGACCCGGAUUCACAGUUACACAACUGGACAGAUGACAGAAGGCUCAACCCCAAUUCUGGAUCCCAGUGUGAAGGAGUUCCAGAGCCUCAUCAAGCUGCUGUCAGGAGAAUCCGGUCUAGACAAGCUGAUCAAGGACACUCCCACCCAGAGCAGCUUCCGUUAUCGACGGUACAGCGAAGUUUCCGAGUUCCUGCGCGGCCUCACCCUGAACUUCCCGGAGAUUACCUCACUCUACAGUCUUGGUCAGAGUGUGGAGUUCAGAACUAUCUGGGCUCUGGAGAUCUCCAACAACCCUAAAGUCCAAGAACCAUCAGAGCCCAAGAUCCGGUUUGUGGCAGGUAUCCAUGGUAACGCCCCAGUGGGCACAGAGCUGCUUCUGGAGUUUGCUGCCAGUCUCUGUAUUAACUACGGCAAGAACGCGGCCAUCACCAAGCUCAUAAAUGAGACCAGAAUUGUUAUCCUGCCCAGCAUCAACCCAGAUGGACGUGAGCUGGCGAAAGAGAAAGACUGCACCUCCACUGUUGGCAUGACCAAUGUUCACGGCAAGGACCUUGACAGUGACUUCUUCGGGAAUGCUUCUCAGCGUGCUGCAGAGCCUCAGCCAGAGACGCGUGCUGUGAUGAAUCUGAUUCAGGAAAGGGGCUUCUCUCUCUCUGUGGCUCUGGAUGGAGGCUCUGUUUUGGUCACCUACCCAUAUGACAAACCAGUGCAAUCUGUUGAAAAUGAUGAUACGCUGAGAUAUUUGGCUACUGUGUAUGCAAAAAACCAUCCUACAAUGCACUUGGGCAAUACUGGAUGUCCAAACAGCAGUCAACUGAGCAACAUUCCUGAUGGUGUCCUUCGAGCAGCAGAGUGGCACAGUCACAUGGGAAGCAUGAAGGACUUCAGUGUGGACUUUGGUCACUGUCCUGAGAUGACUGUCUACACCAGCUGCUGCCUGUUCCCACUGGCUGAAAUGCUGCCCACGCUCUGGGCUGAGAACAGGAAGUCUCUUCUGAGCAUGCUGGUUGAGGUACACAAAGGGGUUCGUGGAGUGGUCAAGGAUAAGAACGGUAAGCCCAUCGUGGGUGCUAUAAUAGUAUUGAAUGGUGGUGUUCGAGUUUUCACCGGUGAGGGAGGAUAUUUCCACGCACUUCUGGCCCCUGGUUUACACAAUAUUGAAGCGGUGGCUGACGGCUACCAGCAGCAAUCCCAGAAGGUGUCUGUGUCACCGUUUGAAGCUGCAAGUUCCAUUAUUAUUGAAUUUGACAUGGAGAACGAUAUAUUUGGCCUGCCAAGAGAAUUAGUCGUGGCAAGUGCAGCUGCCGCAAUGACGGCCCUGGUCGUGACAGCCUGCAUCAUCUGGUGCGUCUGCUCCGCAAAGUCGAACAGACAAAAGGACGGAUUCCAUCGGCUACGGCAGCACAGGGACGACUAUGAUGAUGAGAUCCGCCUCAUGUCUAUGGGCUCCAAAAAGUCUCUCCUGAGCCACGAAUUUCAAGAUGAGAGCGAAAGUGACGAGGAUACGCUAUACACCAACAAACUUUAAGACCUUCUCAUCCUCUGAGUCUGUCCACUGCCUGCAGGGCCAGUAGAGGGCGCUCAUGGCCAGCACCAUUAUUGUCCAAACCAUCUAAAUCCCGAGAACCACUGCGGGAUGCACUUUAAUGCCCAGAUGAAAUCGGGCAAGCGUUUCGCACUGUAGUGUAUGCAACUGACCACUGCUCUUAACCAGCCUGCUUAGUUUUCUGGGUCUGUGUAAUACUGGUCCUCUACCCUUUAUAAAGGAAAUCGAACAGCUAGAAUCCAUCUCAA